GGCGGACAGGCGGCAGCGCCUGGGGGCAGCGGAGCCUCAGAGCGGGACACGGAGCGCGGGACACGGGGGGGAGGAUGCCAGCGGGGACCGGGACUGCCCUACUGCUGCUACUGGCCCUGAGCCGGCCCCUGAGGGCACGAAAUGGGGAUAUUUCUAAUCAACAUAGCUGUACACCAGGAUUCUCGGAGGAUGGGUACACAGCCCUCGUCUCGCCCAAUAUCAUGGAGGGGCAGAAGUUACUCAAAGUUAAAUUUAAUGGAUGCAGAACUGGACCACAAGGCAUCUGGUACGAGACCAGUAACCCGGAUUUCAGAGUUGGCACAGACGGAGCCGUGUACACAGCUCGGAGGGUUCGGAUUGCAUCACGGCAGGCAAUGUUUAAAGUGGCCGCAGGGGAUGAUCAGACUUCAAAUAAAUGGGAAACAGCCAUCCGACUUCUGGUGGAGGAGAACCCAUUAAACCAGAGUCGGAAUCAGCAGAGAAUUAAACCGAACCAUCCUUCAGAGUUACCGCAGGACCAAACGCGCACUUUGUUACCCUGGCAACAGCACCGCAGUACUAAUGGGCUGAGGAGACAGAAGAGAGAUUGGGUAAUUCCUCCGGUUAAUGUCCCAGAAAAUUCAAGGGGGCCCUUUCCUCUGCACCUGGUGCGGAUUCGUUCGGACAAGGACCGGGAGAGUUCGAUCAGAUACAGCAUCACUGGCGUGGGGGCAGACCAGCCGCCCAUGGAGCUAUUCAAAAUUGACCCCAUCUCUGGACGAAUGUAUGUGACAGAUCCCCUGGACAGAGAGGAGAGAGCUUCAUACCACCUUCGUGCACACGCAGUGGACAUGAACGGAAUUCAGGUGGAGAAUCCAAUUGACCUCUCUAUCUAUGUGAUUGACAUGAAUGAUAACCGGCCUGAGUUCUCCAGUCAGGUGUUUAAUGGGUCAGUGGACGAAUCAGCUAAGCCAGGAACCUAUGUCAUGACGGUGUCUGCCCACGAUGCGGAUGAUAACAAUACAUUGAACGGUAUAAUCAUGUACCGGAUCAUGGCACAGAGUCCGCAGAGCCCCUCACAGGACAUGUUUGUGAUUCACAGUGAAACGGGUGCCAUUAACACCGUGGCGUCCGGGCUGGACAGAGAAAAAGUUCAGCAGUACACCGUGGUCGUUACAGCCACAGAUAUGGAUGGAAGCUCAAACCACGGCCUCUCAAAUACCGCUACGGCUAUAAUUACUGUGGCCGAUGUCAAUGACAACCCACCAGAAUUCACCUCGAAAAUGUUCUUUGGCGACGUGGCAGAGAAUCAAGUGGAUGUCGUGGUUGCCAAUAUAACCGUGGUAGACCGCGACCAGCCAUACACACCCAACUGGAAUGCAAGGUACAAGAUCAUCAGUGGAGACCAAUACAAUCAUUUCACCAUCAGAACUGACCCGGUGACCAAUGAGGGCGUUGUAAUGGUGGUGAAGCCCAUUGACUACGAGAUGAACAAAGCCUUUAUGCUGAAUGUUAUGGUGUCGAACCAGGCCCCACUCGCUGGUGGGAUACAGAUGUCUCUAUUGUCAACGUCUGCUGUAACCAUCUCGGUUAUGAAUGUGAAUGAAGCCCCCUACUUUCCCAAGCAAAAUGACCCAAUCAGACAUGUGGAGGGAGACCAGGCUGGCAGAUACCUGACUACAUUCUCUGCCGUGGAUCCGGACCGCUCCAUGCAGCAAGCACUCAGAUACUCAAAAUUGUGGGAUCCAGCAGACUGGCUCAUCAUUAACACCACAACAGGGAACGUUCACACCAGAGCCAAACUGGACCGCGAAUCUCCAUUCGUAAACGAGGACAUCUACGAGGCAAAAUUCCUGGCUACAGACAAUGGUGACCCUCCAGCUAGCGGUACUGGCACGCUCCAAAUUUAUAUUACUGACAUCAAUGAUAACGCGCCGGAGCUCCAUCCAAAGGAAGCGCAAAUCUGCGAGAGGCCAAACGCCAAUGGGAUAAAUAUUACUGCCACCGACAUGGACCGCAAGCCGAGCGGAGACCCCUUUGUCUUCGAGCUGCCGACUGUUCCUUCUUCUAUACGCCGGAACUGGACCAUAACCAGGAUAAAUGGUAACUACGCGUGGCUGAGUCUGCAGAUUGGGUAUCUGGAGGCUGGCGUCUACGAGGUGCCUGUCAUUGUGACGGACUCAGGUAACCCUCCUCUCUUUAACACAUCGAUCAUCAAAGUGAAAGUGUGUCCCUGUGACGAGAAUGGCGACUGCACUACUAUCGGAGCUGUGGCGGCAGCAGGGCUGGGCACGGGAGCCAUCAUUUCCAUCCUGAUCUGCAUUAUAAUACUGCUCUCUAUGGUUCUGUUGUUCAUCAUGUGGAUGAAGCGCAGGGAGAAGGAACGACACACCAAACAGCUGCUGAUUGACCCAGAAGACGACGUGCGAGAUAAUAUUCUCAAAUACGACGAGGAAGGUGGCGGCGAGGAGGACCAGGAUUACGACCUGAGCCAGUUGCAGCAACCCGAGACUUUGGAUCACGUUUUGAACAAGGUGACGGGUGUCCGACGUGUGGACGAGAGGCCAGUGGGAGCAGAGCCGCAGUAUCCGAUCAGACCCGUUAUCCCACAUCCAGGGGACAUUGGGGACUUUAUCAGCGAGGGUCUGCGUGCAGCAGAUAAUGACCCCACGGCGCCUCCUUACGACUCUCUGCUGGUAUUCGAUUACGAGGGGAGCGGAUCUACCGCUGGCUCCGUCAGUUCCCUUAACUCUUCCAGCUCAGAAGAACAGGAUUUUGAUUAUUUGAAUGAUUGGGGUCCACGCUUUAAAAAACUAGCGGACAUGUAUGGCGGUGGGGAGGAGGAUUGACCGGACCCCAGAUCUUUCCACAAACAGAGCAAAACCUCCUCCAUUGUGCAGCGUCUGGUUUUUUUUGGUUUUUAAAUUUGAAGCCCCCAUUGUUCGCCCCCUCCUAACUGCAUUAUUUUUAAUGGUUCAUAGGGAACGUUCAUUUUGUUUUGGCUGAUAUUUAAGGCAGUAUUGCCUUCUGUUCCUAUUUAUUUAUUUUAUUAAGUACAGGCACACAUUUGCCUUUUUUUUUGUUGCAAAAUGAUUAACCCCUCCUGGAAUGGAAAGUGCAUAUCGGGGAUUUGGGAACCGGAGCUGCCUGGAUACAGUGGCUGAUUAUGUUUUUCCCUGCUGGCGAGUUAGCUGUGCUGCCCCUUACAGACUCUUUAUCAAAUGGUGGAAAGUGCAACCAUACACCAACUCGCUGCGGUAAUCGGUCCUGUUUCUAUUGUGCCAGCCCUGCAUUUGGAAUUAAUGUGAACGAAGAGGUCAGGGGGACCAAUUGCUGUAUCAACGCCUUCUCCUCGGCUGUAUAUGAACUACGGACGCACCUGGGUCAGUUUCCCGUUUUGCUAGUUUUCCAGCAGGGGAGAGGUUAACCUGCUCUUGGAAUGGAGCGGUCUUUUAUAAUUUUGAGCGUUCCAGCAUGCCUACAAUCCAUUACUGCUGCUCCCCCACGACCCUUUAUUUUUUAUAUAUUCUAAUAUAUAUAUCUGUACAUAAAUUGAGCUGGGAGGUUUCCUGAUGAAUUGAUGAGUGAAAUGCAAUCUCUCGUCUUAACUUGAAAAAAAAAAAAAAAAAAAAAAAGAACUUUUAUAGAAGCACUGUUUUUACAAAUGGAACAAACAAACAAAAAAAAAGACCAAAAAAAUAAGUUAAAAAAAAAAUAGAAAAAAAAAAAUCAAGUUUUUGAAAAAGUGCCUUUUCGGUACAUUACGUGAGGUUGUAUUAGUCAGAGGAGGGAAAUGCUUUGAGAGGAUCCCACACAAGGCUGUUAUGAAUGUCUCAGCUUGCAUGGCAGUCGAGAGGUUAACAGGAACCUGGCCCAACAUGGCUUCUUGUCAGCUCUUAGUGCCUCUCCUGGUUUCUCUGGCAGUGAAGGGGUUAACAAAGCACAGACCUCCUCACUUAUAGGUCUGAUCAUUGGGUACACCUUAAUAGCACCCUCUAGUGGUCUGAAGGAGACAAAUAAAGGGGCUAUCCCAAUUUUACCUGAAAGGGUUAAAACUAAGUAUUUGCCUUUGUAAAAGAAAACAUUGCUUUGAAGAUGCCCCUAUAGGAGACGCUCUGAAUUUGGGAUGAGAUUGAGAAUCUCUCACUGCCGGAGCAUUGAGCACGGAUAAGAAAAAGGCAGACUCUGCCGAGGGCUGAUCCGUGGACCUGGCCGGUG